AUGAAUGCCUUUUGGCAGCGCUUAAUUCAAUACUUGUCAUCAAUAUGGUCCUAUUUCCCUACGAUCGUGGCCGCCCAGGCCCGCACGGGUGCCUUUAUUCUACCGCCUCGACAACAACCCAGCACGCCAACUCGACAUACGCAGAAGGGCCUCUUAUUAAGGGAAGCCUAUAGUGAUGAGCCAAAGGCCCAAGACAUCAGAGACCCUCCGCAGAUCUAUUGGUAUAGAACAGCAGGACAUGUCCUAGAUGCUCUAAUGCAGGGGGCUAACUACUCCCGUCCGGCCCAUGAUUAUGUUAUGUCUUUCUUCAAAGAUACCGUGGCCCCAUUUCUUGGGCCCACCGACCAGCCUAGCUUCAAGAGAUGGGAAAGCUUCAUGACUGACGACCACUCACCCAUCGAAAUUAGCUGGGACUGGCGUGGGUCUGCCGACGAGCCCGUCAUCCGGUUCUCAAUAGAGCCGAUCGGGUUGCAUGGAGGCACUUCUGUUGAUCCGAUGAACGCAGUUGGGCCCGAGUCAUUCAAACGCACGAUACUUGAAACACUGCCGAAAAUACAUACGUCCUGGUUUGACCAUUUCGACUUGUUUUUUAACGGGCGAGCAACCCAAGCUAGCACAGAGGAAAGCCACCCAUCUCGUAUCUUCUGGGGGUUUGACUUGAAAGGAAGUUGCAUCACUGCCAAAGCUUACUUCUUUCCCGGUCCAUCGGCACGCUCAAUGGGUACAUCCAACUUUCACACAAUCGCCCAAGCUAUAGUCUGUGCGCCGUACUGUACACCCGACAAGAUCCAGGCCUUUGACAAGCUUGCCACGUUCGCUGACGGUCCCGGCACUGAAGCACUAGAGUUCGAAAUGCUUGCUAUAGACAUGGUGGAUCCUCUGGAAUCACGAUUUAAAAUCUACUUCCGAGAUCGUAGCACUAGAUUCAGUUCAGUCUGUGAUGCGAUCACUUUGAAGGGGCAGAAGACUGGAGUCCACAUAGAUAGGGGGCUUCGAAGCCUCGAGCAGCUAUGGUGUUCCCUUUUUGAUCUGUCUGAUGUAUCUGAAGAUGCGGAACUACAACUGAAUGAGCACCGAACGGCUGGAAUUCUGUACAAUGCCGAGUUUCGUCUUGGAAGCAGGUACCCGGAUGUCAAGAUCUACAUACCAGUUCGCCACUAUUCGAGCAGUGACCAGAACGUCAUGGAUAGAGUGGAGGAAUUUAUAGACAACCAGAGGCAGGGAAUCCAUCUGGUAAGGAGAAGCGCGUCUGAGGUACCGAGUUCAGCGUAUGCUGAGGCCAUGAAGCGUAUCUUGUAG